AUGGGGCGCUCACAGGAGAAGUCGGCACGCGCUCCUUGUUCACACACACCCAACGCUUGGACAAAGAGAGACACUCCAGAUGAGCUGGAGUUGGAGCUGGACACUAAAGAUGACCUCAUCAGACAGCUGCAGACGGAAUUGGACCGACACCACAAAGCUCCACAAUACCCAGGGACCACUGGGAGCACAGAACACAGUCUGGACUCUUCCAGGGGUUUAUUUGAUGAUGACACAACAAGAUUUUAUACAGGCUGUAUUGUAGAGGCCUUGUCCUUCCUCCAUGUUAGAGGGAUCAUCUACAGAGACCUCAAACCUGAAAACAUCCUACUGGACCACAGAGGAUAUGCUAAACUGGUCGACUUUGGCUUUGCUAAGAAGGUGGGUCUUGGUCAAAAGACGUGGACAUUCUGUGGCACUCCAGAGUACGUGGCCCCAGAAAUCAUUCUGAACAAGGGACAUGAUGUUUCGGUUGACUGCUGGUCCCUGGGGAUACUCAUCUACGAACUGCUCAGCGGCAGUCCUCCGUUCUCCGGUUGUGAUCCUAUGAAGACCUAUAACAUCAUCCUGAGAGGAAUCGACAUGGUGGAGUUCCCCAAGAAGAUCUCCAAGAGUGCUGCCAACCUUAUCAAACGCCUCUGCAGGUUACACACGCAUACACACGAGCAUAGAGACUUCAUCAAAUGGUGCUUGCGCUGUGUGUGUGUUGCACAGGGACAACCCAUCUGAGAGGGUGGGGAACCAGAAGAACGGGGUGAAGAACAUCCAAAAACACAAGUGGUUUGAAUGUUUUAACUGGGAGGGACUCCGACAGGCAACUCUGGCCCCUCCCUUCACUCUUACUGUGAAGGGUCCACUGGCAACUUUGACUGUUUCUCUGAUGACAACGAGGACCUGCCCCCAGAUGAGGAGUCUGGCUGGGAUCUAGAGUUCUGACUUAAAAACACACACUGAGUAUACAAAACAUUAGGAACAUUAGAAUGGUGGUGGACCAUUCUUGAUAGACACAGGAAACUGUUGAACAUGAAAAACCCAGCAGCAUUGCAGAUCGUGACACAAACCGGUGUG